AUGAAUGAGAGAGCAAGAACUGGGGAUGCAGUUACAUUGACCUCCUGCAACUUUAACAAUGAUGAUGCGCCGUUUUGUCAGUUCCGCCAAGACUACACAGACCAAAGUGACUGGACCCGUAACCGUGGAAGCACUCCCACACCUGGUACUGGGCCGAGCGGAGACUACCCGGAUGGAAAGGGAUUCUACAUAUACCAUGAAUGUGACAAUGUAGGAAAUAAACAAACGGCGCGUCUGCUAAGCCCAGCCCUCAGCAUGGGACCAGAACAGAUCUGUGUGCAGUUCUACUACUACAUGUACGGCGCCGACAAUCAGAACCAACUACGGGUCCUUGCCAAACGAGCCUCAACGGAAGAGGAGGUUUGGCUGAAGAGCGGAAUGCAAAGUCCGUCUUGGCUCAAAGGAUCUGUGAGUGUAGCAAAACCCCUAGGAACAUCCGUGGAGAUCGUGUUUGAAGCAAAGCGUGGCUUCUCUUCCUCUUGUGACACUGCUCUUGACAAUAUUGUCAUCAGUGAAGGAGCUUGUCCAGGUUGUGUAUUCGGUUGUGAUUUUGACGAAAGCGGAGGAGACCUUUGCAAUUGGGAAAUAGUAACCCCCGAUGACGCCAUUUUUGGAUGGGAACCUUUCAAUGGUCCAACAGACUCAGAGGGAUCAGGACCCAAUGAUGACUUCUCCAAACCUGGCUUUGGAAACUACCUUCUUCUGGAUGGAUUGUAUGCAGUUCCUGGUCUUUCGAGCCAGCUUUGGAGUCCUUCUGCAACUCCCACAGCUACUGGCUGUCUACAGCUGACCUUCGCGUAUUUCAUGUUCGGCACUGCAACCACAAUGCAGCUCAGUGCCCAUGUUGCUACAGGUGGUGUGAUGGGACCAGCCAUUUUCAGCCUCACUGGGGACCAGGGUGAGGCGUGGAAGCUGGCAGAGGUCUACUACACUGGCAGAGAAACCAUCCAGUUUGUUAUCGUGGGUGUUUAUGGAAACACAGACAAGACUGACAUUGCCAUCGACAGUGUAUGCAUCUCAACCUGCAAAGUGACUACAACACCCGCGCCGACAACACCGGCUGUGACUACUCCAAGACCGACAACACCUAAACCCACAACACCAAAGCCAACUACCCCUUCAUCAACAACCCCAUUGAAGUGCCCCCCAAAUUCUGAGUUUUUGGAGUGUGGUCCAUCAUGUGUUCCCACCUGCCAGAAGCCCACCAUUAACUCCUCCAACUGCACUGGGUCCUGUGUCAGUGGCUGUUUCUGCAGACCAGGUUUUGUGCUGUCUGGAAACCGAUGUGUUCCCUCUGACAAGUGUGGUUGCCUGGAUGAGGACAACAACUACUAUGAGCCUGGAGAGGUUGUGUUUGGUGACGGCUGCUCUAAGCUGUGUCGCUGUGCUGGAAACUACAGUCUUACCUGCGUGGACAACACCUGUAGCCCCACUGAGGAGUGUAGAGAGGUCAACGGAGUUCCUGGAUGUUAUCCUCAAGGUACCUCCACCUGCAUCGCCUCUGGUGAUCCCCACUACACCACCUUUGAUAAGCGGAAGUACGACUUCAUGGGCAACUGCACCUACCUGAUGUCCAAACCUUGCAACACGACCAGCGUGCCACACUACGAGGUCCAUGUGACCAACGAGAACCGAAACAACAACAAGAGAAUAAGCUAUGUCGCAGCUGUGCACGUCUACGUCCAUGGCAUGACGAUUUCCAUUCUAAAAGGAGGGACCGUGCGAAUCAAUGGGACCAAUGUGAACCUGCCUGUGAAUCCAGCUGCAGAUGUUUCUGUCUACAAGUCUGGAAAGCAUUACACAGUGGCUAUGAGCUUUGGAGUGACAGUUCGUUAUGACGGCAACCACUACAUGGACAUCAAAGUGAUUGCAGCCUACAAGGAGAAGGUGUGUGGUCUUUGUGGAGAUUAUGAUGGAAACCCCAAUGAUGAUUUCCGCAUUCCAUCUGGAGAGCUUGUGACUAAACCAAAUGACUUUGGCAACAGUUGGAACACUGACCCCAAGUGCAACAAAAAUCCAGAAGGUCCUCUCCCUGGCUGUACUCCAGAGGAGCAGGAUAAGUAUGAGAAACCUGCCUUCUGUGGAAUCAUUCUGGACACCAAAGGUCCAUUUGCUGUGUGCCACCCCAGGGUCAAUCCCAAUAGCUUCUUCAAGGACUGCAUGUUUGACCUGUGUGAACUGGAUGGACUCCACUCUGCCCUUUGCGAGGCCAUAGAGGCCUAUGUGAAUGAGUGCCAGGAUCGUGGAGUCACCAUUGGGCCCUGGAGAAACGCCACCUUCUGCCCCCUGACCUGCCCUCCCAACAGCCAUUAUGAGUCCUGUGCUUCACCCUGCCAGCCCUCCUGCGUCACACCUCCUCCAGGACAGUGUAGCGGACCAUGUUCAGAGGGCUGUGUGUGUGACCCAGGUUACGUCCUCAGUGCUGGCAAGUGUGUUAGGAGCGACAGCUGUGGAUGCAAACACACCAAUGGCCAAUACUACCAGCCUGGAGAGGAGUUCUACACCUCAGACUGUGACCUGAAGUGCAGGUGCAAUCCUCCGUUUGUCAGCUGCAGUAGUGGAGAAUGUCCCCCUUCACAGCAGUGUGGCGUCCAGGGAGGAAUUCUGGGAUGCUAUCCAAUAUCCACCUCCACCUGCAUUGCCUCUGGUGAUCCCCACUACACCACCUUUGAUAAGCGGAAGUACGACUUCAUGGGCAACUGCACCUACCUGAUGUCCAAACCUUGCAACACGACCAGCGUGCCACACUACGAAGUCCAUGUUACCAACGAGAAUCGAAACAACAACAAGAGAAUAAGCUAUGUGGCAGCGGUGCAUGUCUACGUCCAUGGCAUGACGAUUUCCAUUCUUAAAGGAGGGACCGUGCGAAUCAAUGGGACCAAUGUGAACCUGCCUGUGAAUCCAGCUGCAGAUGUUUCUGUCUUCAAGUCUGGAAAACAUUACACAGUGGCCAUGAGCUUUGGAGUGACAGUUCGUUAUGACGGCAACCACUACAUGGACAUCAAAGUGAUAGCAGCCUACAAGGAGAAGGUGUGUGGUCUUUGUGGAGAUUAUGAUGGAAACCCCAAUGAUGAUUUCCGCAUUCCAUCUGGAGAGCUUGUGACUAAACCAAAUGACUUUGGCAACAGCUGGAACACUGACCCCAAGUGCAACAAAAAUCCAGAGGUUCCUCUCCCUGGCUGUACUCCAGAGGAGCAGGAUAAGUAUGAGAAACCUGCCUUCUGUGGAAUCAUUCUGGACACCAAAGGUCCAUUUGCUGUGUGCCACCCAAGGGUCAAUCCAAAUAGCUUCUUCAAGGACUGCAUGUUUGACCUUUGUGAACUGGAUGGAGUCCACUCUGCCCUUUGCGAGGCCAUAGAGGCCUAUGUGAAUGAGUGCCAGGACCGUGGAGUCACCAUUGGGCCCUGGAGAAACGCCACCUUCUGCCCCCUGACCUGCCCUCCCAACAGCCAUUAUGAGUCCUGUGCUUCACCCUGCCAGCCCUCGUGCGUCACACCUCCUCCAGGGCAGUGUAGCGGACCAUGUGCAGAGGGCUGUGUGUGUGACCCAGGUUACGUCCUCAGUGCUGGCAAGUGUGUUAGGAGCGACAGCUGUGGAUGCAAACACACCAAUGGCCAAUACUACCAGCCUGGAGAGGAGUUCUACACGUCAGACUGUGACCUGAAGUGCAGGUGCAAUCCUCCAUUUGUCAGCUGCAGUAGUGGAGAAUGUCCCCCUUCACAGCAGUGUGGUGUCCAGGGAGGAAUUCUGGGAUGCUAUCCAAUACCCACAACACCCAAGCCAACAACCCCCAGACCUUCCACUCCCACACCAACAACACCAAACCCAUCUACUACUCCAGUAACAACACCAGUGAAGUGCCCUCCAAAUUCUGAGUUUUUGGAGUGUGGUCCAUCAUGUGUUCCCACUUGCCAGAAGCCCACCAUUAACUCCUCCAACUGCACUGGGUCCUGUGUCAGUGGCUGUUUCUGCAGACCAGGUUUUGUGCUGUCUGGAAACCGAUGUGUUCCCUCUGACAAGUGUGGUUGUCUGGAUGAGGACAACAACUACUAUGAGCCUGGAGAGGUUGUGUUUGGUGACGGCUGCUCUAAGCUGUGUCGCUGUGCUGGAAACUACAGUCUCACCUGCGUGGACAACACCUGUGCUCCCACUGAGGAGUGUAAAGAGCUCAACGGAGUUCCUGGAUGUUAUCCCCAAGCCACCUCCACCUGCAUUGCCUCUGGUGAUCCCCACUACACCACCUUUGAUAAGCGGAAGUACAACUUCAUGGGCAACUGCACCUACCUGAUGUCCAAACCUUGCAACACGACCAGCGUGCCACACUACGAGGUCCAUGUGACCAACGAGAACCGAAACAACAACAAGAAAAUAAGCUAUGUGGCAGCGGUGCAUGUCUACGUCCAUGACAUGACGAUUUCCAUUCUAAAAGGAGGGACCGUGCGAAUCAAUGGGACCAAUGUGAACCUGCCUGUGAAUCCAGCUGCAGAUGUUUCUGUUUUCAAGUCUGGAAAGCAUUACACAGUGGCCAUGAGCUUUGGAGUGACAGUUCGUUAUGACGCCAACCACUACAUGGACAUCAAAGUGAUAGCAGCCUACAAGGAGAAGGUGUGUGGUCUUUGUGGAGACUAUGAUGGAAACCCCAAUGAUGAUUUCCGCAUUCCCAAUGGAGAGCUUGUGACUAAACCAAAUGACUUUGGCAACAGCUGGAACACUGACCCCAAGUGCAACAAAAAUCCAGAGGUGCCUCUCCCUGGCUGUACUCCAGAGGAGCAGGAUAAGUAUGAGAAACCUGCCUUCUGUGGAAUCAUUCUGGACACCAAAGGUCCAUUUGCUGUGUGCCACCCCAGGGUCAAUCCCAAUAGCUUCUUCAAGGACUGCAUGUUUGACCUGUGUGAACUGGAUGGACUCCAUUCUGCCCUUUGCGAGGCCAUAGAGGCCUAUGUGAAUGAGUGCCAGGACCGUGGAGUCACCAUUGGGCCCUGGAGAAACGCCACAUUCUGCCCCCUGACCUGCCCUCCCAACAGCCAUUAUGAGUCCUGUGCUUCACCCUGCCAGCCCUCCUGCGUCACACCUCCUCCAGGGCAGUGUAGCGGACCAUGUGCAGAAGGCUGUGUGUGUGACCCAGGUUACGUCCUCAGUGCUGGCAAGUGUGUUAGGAGCGACAGCUGUGGAUGCAAACACACCAAUGGCCAAUACUACCAGCCUGGAGAGGAGUUCUACACCUCAGACUGUGACCUGAAGUGCAGGUGCAAUCCUCCGUUUGUCAGCUGCAGUAGUGGAGAAUGUCCCCCUUCACAGCAGUGUGGUGUCCAGGGAGGAAUUCUGGGAUGCUAUCCAAUACCCACUACUCCAAAACCAACCACUCCCAAACCCUCCACCCCUCAACCAACAACACCAAAACCAACAACCACUCCAGUGAAGUGUCCACCUAAUGCGGAGUACAUAGAGUGUGGACCAGCCUGCAUCCCAAGCUGUGAGGAGCCUUCCACAAACUGCACUGGCUCCUGCAUCACUGGUUGCUUCUGCAAGCCAGGCUUUGUCUUCAAAGGUCCACGCUGUGUGCCCAUUGAAAAGUGCGGAUGUCUGGAUGCUGAUAACAACUACUAUGAGCCUGGAGAGGUUGUGCUUGGUGACGGAUGCUCCAAGCUGUGUCACUGUGCUGGAAACUACAGUCUUACCUGCGUGGACAACACCUGUGCUCCCACUGAGGAGUGUAGAGAGGUCAAUGGAGUUCCUGGAUGUUAUCCUCAAGGUACCUCCACCUGCAUUGCCUCUGGUGAUCCCCACUACACCACCUUUGAUAAGCGGAAGUACAACUUCAUGGGCAAUUGCACCUACCUGAUGUCCAAACCUUGCAACACGACCAGCGUGCCACACUACGAGGUCCAUGUGACCAACGAGAACCGAAAUAACAACAUGAAAAUAAGCUAUGUGGCAGCGGUGCAUGUCUACGUCCAUGGCAUGACGAUUUCCAUUCUAAAAGGAGGCACCGUGCGAAUCAAUGGGACCAAUGUGAACCUGCCUGUGAAUCCAGCUGCAGAUGUUUCUGUUUUCAAGUCUGGAAAACAUUACACAGUGACCAUGAGCUUUGGAGUGACAGUUCGUUAUGACGGCAACCACUACAUGGACAUCAAAGUGAUUGCAGCCUACAAGGAGAAGGUGUGUGGUCUUUGUGGAGAUUAUGACGGAAACCCCAAUGAUGAUUUCCGCAUUCCCACUGGAGAGCUUGUGACUAAACCAAAUGACUUUGGCAACAGCUGGAACACUGACCCUAAGUGCAACAAAAAUCCAGAGGUUCCUCUCCCUGGCUGUACUCCAGAGGAGCAGGAUAAGUAUGAGAAACCUGCCUUUUGUGGAAUCAUUCUGGACACCAAAGGUCCAUUUGCUGUGUGCCACCCCAGGGUCAAUCCCAACAGCUUCUUCAAGGACUGCAUGUUUGACCUGUGUGAACUGGAUGGACUCCACUCUGCCCUUUGCGAGGCCAUAGAGGCCUAUGUGAAUGAGUGCCAGGACCGUGGAGUCACCAUUGGGCCCUGGAGAAAUGCCACAUUCUGUCCCCUGACUUGCCCUCCCAACAGCCAUUAUGAGUCCUGUGCUCCACCCUGCCAGCCCUCCUGCGUCACACCUCCUCCAGGACAGUGUAGCGGACCAUGUGCGGAGGGGUGUGUGUGUGACCCAGGUUACGUUCUCAGUGCUGGCAAGUGUGUUAAGAGCGACAGCUGUGGAUGCAAGCACACCAAUGGCCAAUACUAUCAGCCCGGAGAGGAGUUCUACACCUCGGACUGUGACCUGAAGUGCAGGUGCAACCCUCCGUUUGUCAGCUGCAGUAGUGGAGAAUGUCCCCCUUCACAGCAGUGUGGCGUCCAGGGAGGAAUCCUGGGAUGCUAUCCAAUAUCCACAACACCCAAGCCAACAACCCCCAGACCUUCCACUCCGACACCAACAACACCAAAGCCAUCUACUACUCCAGUAACAACACCAUUGAAGUGCCCCCCAAAUUCCGAGUUUUUGGAGUGUGGUCCAUCAUGUGUUCCCACUUGCCAGAAGCCCACCAUUAACUCCGCUAACUGCACUGGGUCCUGUGUCAGUGGCUGUUUCUGCAGACCAGGUUUUGUGCUGUCUGGAAACAGAUGUGUUCCCUCUGACAAGUGCGGCUGUCUGGAUGAGGACAACAACUACUAUGAGCCUGGAGAGGUUGUGUUUGGUGACGGCUGCUCUAAGCUGUGUCGCUGUGCUGGAAACUACAGUCUCACCUGCGUGGACAACACCUGUGCUCCCACUGAGGAGUGUAGAGAGGUCAACGGAGUUCCUGGAUGUUAUCCUCAAGCCACCUCCACCUGCAUUGCCUCUGGUGAUCCCCACUACACCACCUUUGAUAAGCGGAAGUACAACUUCAUGGGCAACUGCACCUACCUGAUGUCCAAACCUUGCAACACGACCAGCGUGCCACACUACGAGGUCCAUGUGACCAACGAGAACCGAAACAACAACAAGAAAAUAAGCUAUGUGGCAGCGGUGCAUGUCUACGUACAUGGCAUGACGAUUUCCAUUCUUAAAGGAGGGACCGUGCGAAUCAAUGGGACCAAUGUGAACCUGCCUGUGAAUCCAGCUGCAGACGUUUCUGUCUACAAGUCUGGAAAACAUUACACAGUGGCUAUGAGCUUUGGAGUGACAGUUCGUUAUGACGGCAACCACUACAUGGACAUCAAAGUGAUCGCAGCCUACAAGGAGAAGGUGUGUGGUCUUUGUGGAGAUUACGACGGAAACCCCAAUGAUGAUUUCCGCAUUCCAUCUGGAGAGCUUGUGACUAAACCAAAUGACUUUGGCAACAGCUGGAACACUGACCCUAAGUGCAACAAAAAUCCAGAAGUGCCUCUCCCUGGCUGUACUCCAGAGGAGCAGGAUAAGUAUGAGAAACCUGCCUUCUGUGGAAUCAUUCUGGACACCAAAGGUCCAUUUGCUGUGUGCCACCCCAGGGUCAAUCCCAACAGCUUCUUCAAGGACUGCAUGUUUGACCUGUGUGAACUGGAUGGACUCCACUCUGCCCUUUGCGAGGCCAUAGAGGCCUAUGUGAAUGAGUGCCAGGACCGUGGAGUCACCAUUGGGCCCUGGAGAAACGCCACCUUCUGUCCCCUGACCUGCCCUCCCAACAGCCAUUAUGACUCCUGUGCUCCACCCUGCCAGCCCUCCUGCGUCACAUCUCCUCCAGGGCAGUGUAGCGGACCAUGUGCAGAGGGGUGUGUGUGUGACCCAGGUUACGUUCUCAGUGCUGGCAAGUGUGUUAAGAGCGACAGCUGUGGAUGCAAACACACCAAUGGCCAAUACUACCAGCCCGGAGAGGAGUUCUACACGUCAGACUGUGACCUGAAGUGCAGGUGCAAUCCACCGUUUGUCAGCUGCAGUAGUGGAGAAUGUCCCCCUUCACAGCAGUGUGGCGUCCAGGGAGGAAUUCUGGGAUGUUAUCCAAUACCCACUACCCCCAAGCCAACAACCCCCAGACUGUCCACUACUCCAGUAACAACACCAAAGCCAUCUACUACUCCAGUAACAACACCAGUGAAGUGUCCCCCAAAUUCUGAGUUUUUGGAAUGUGGUCCAUCAUGUGUUCCCACUUGCCAGAAGCCCACCAUUAACUCCUCCAACUGCACUGGGUCCUGUGUCAGUGGCUGUUUCUGCAGACCAGGUUUUGUGCUGUCUGGAAACAGAUGUGUUCCCUCUGACAAGUGUGGCUGUUUGGAUGAGGACAACAACUACUAUGAGCCUGGAGAGGUUGUGUUUGGUGACGGCUGCUCUAAGCUGUGUCGCUGUGCUGGAAACUACAGUCUCACCUGCGUGGACAACACCUGUGCUCCCACUGAGGAGUGUAAAGAGGUCAAUGGAGUUCCUGGAUGUUAUCCUCAAGCCACCUCCACCUGCAUUGCAUCUGGUGAUCCCCACUACACCACCUUUGAUAAGCGGAAGUACAACUUCAUGGGCAACUGCACCUACCUGAUGUCCAAACCUUGCAACACGACCAGCGUGCCACACUACGAGGUCCAUGUGACCAACGAGAACCGAAACAACAACAAGAAAAUAAGCUAUGUGGCAGCGGUGCAUGUAUACGUCCAUGGCAUGACUAUAUCCAUACUUAAAGGAGGAAUUGUGCGGAUCAACGGGACCAAUGUCAACUUGCCUGUGAAUCCAGCUGCAGACGUUUCUGUCUACAAGUCUGGAAAACAUUACACAGUGGCCAUGAGCUUUGGAGUGACAGUUCGUUAUGACGGCAACCACUACAUGGACAUAAAAGUGAUAGCAGCCUACAAGGAGAAGGUGUGUGGUCUUUGUGGAGACUAUGAUGGAAACCCCAAUGAUGAUUUCCGCAUUCCCACUGGAGAGCUAGUGACUAAACCAAAUGACUUCGGCAACAGCUGGAAUACUGACCCCAAGUGCAACAAAAAUCCAGAGGUUCCUCUCCCUGGCUGUACUCCAGAGGAGCAGGAUAAGUAUGAGAAACCUGCCUUCUGCGGAAUCAUUCUGGACACCAAAGGUCCAUUUGCUGUGUGCCACCCCAGGGUCAAUCCCAACAGCUUCUUCAAGGACUGCAUGUUUGACCUGUGUGAAAUGGAUGGACUCCACUCUGCCCUUUGCGAGGCCAUAGAGGCCUAUGUGAAUGAGUGCCAGGAUCGUGGAGUCACCAUUGGGCCCUGGAGAAACGCCACCUUCUGCCCCCUGACUUGCCCUCCCAACAGCCAUUAUGAGUCCUGUGCUUCACCCUGCCAGCCCUCCUGCGUCACACCUCCUCCAGGGCAGUGUAGCGGACCAUGUGCAGAGGGGUGUGUGUGUGACCCAGGUUACGUUCUCAGUGCUGGCAAAUGUGUUAAGAGCGACAGCUGUGGAUGCAAGCACACCAAUGGCCAAUACUACCAGCCCGGAGAGGAGUUCUACACCUCAGACUGUGACCUGAAGUGCAGGUGCAACCCUCCGUUUGUCAGCUGCAGUAGUGGAGAAUGUCCCCCUUCACAGCAGUGUGGCGUCCAGGGAGGAAUUCUGGGAUGCUAUCCAAUACCCACCACUCCCAAACCAACCACUCCCAGACCUUCCACCCCUGUCCCAACCACACCAAAACCAUCCACUCCAGUGCCAACCACCCCAAAACCAACAACUCCCAAACCAACCACACCUCCUGUGAAGUGUCCACCUAAUGCGGAGUACAUAGAGUGUGGCCCAGCCUGCAUCCCAAGCUGUAAGGAGCCCUCCACAAACUGCACUGGCUCCUGCAUCACCGGUUGCUUCUGCAAGCCAGGCUUUGUCUUCAAAGGUCGACGCUGUGUGCCCAUUGAAAAGUGUGGCUGUCUGGAUGCUGAAAACAGCUACUAUGAGCCUGGGGAGAUCAUAUCUGGGGAUGGCUGCUCUAAGCUGUGUCGCUGUGCUGGAAACUACACUCUUGACUGCGUAGACAACAGCUGCACAGCUUCAGAGGAGUGCAGAGAGGUUAAUGGAGUCAGUGGAUGUUACCCUAAAUCUACCUCCACCUGCAUUGCCUCUGGUGAUCCCCACUACACCACCUUUGAUAAGCGGAAGUACAACUUUAUGGGCAACUGCACCUACCUGAUGUCCAAGCCUUGCAACACGACCAGCGUGCCACACUACGAGGUUUACGUGACCAACAAGAACCGCAACAACAACUACAAAAUCAGCUAUGUGGACGCGGUUCACGUCCACGUCAGUGGUCUGACUGUGUCCAUCCUGAAAGGAGGAAUUGUGCAGCUCAACAAGACCAAUGUGAACCUACCUCUGAACCCGGCUCCAGAUGUUUCUGUCUACAAGUCUGGAAAACAUUACACAGUGGCUAUGAGCUUUGGAGUGACAGUUCGUUAUGACGGCAACCACUAUAUGGACAUCAAAGUGAUAGCAGAUUAUAAGGACAAGGUGUGUGGCUUGUGUGGAGACUAUAACGGAGAGGCCAAGGAUGAUUUCCGCAACCCGGCCGGACAGCUGGUCACCAGCCCCGUGGAGUUUGGGGAUAGCUGGAACGCCGACCCAAAAUGCAACAAGAAGCCUGAUGAGGUCAUUCCAGGAUGUACGGACGACGAACAGGAUCAAUAUGAGAGUCCCGCUUACUGUGGAAUCAUACUGGACAGCAAAGGCCCAUUCGCUGAAUGCCACCCUCGACUAAAUCCCAAUAGCUUCUUCAAGGACUGCAUGUUUGACCUGUGUGAACUGGAUGGACUCCACUCUGCCCUUUGCGAGGCCAUAGAGGCCUAUGUGAAUGAGUGCCAGGACCGUGGAGUCACCAUUGGGACCUGGAGAAACGCCACCUUCUGUCCUCUUAAGUGUCCCCCCAGUAGCCACUACGAGCCAUGCGCGUCCCCUUGCCAGCCUUCCUGCGUCCAGCCGACACCCGGCCAGUGCAAUGGCACAUGUUCAGAGGGAUGUGUGUGUGACCCAGGAUAUGUCCUCAGUGGUAACAAGUGUGUCAAGAAGGAGAGCUGCGGAUGUGAAUUCAACGGACUAUAUUAUGAGUCUGGUGAGGAAUUCAUCUCCAGCGAUUGCAAGCAGAAGUGCAAGUGCAACUCGCCCAAUAUCACCUGUCAGGCCACUGAAUGUCCCCCGAUGCAGCAGUGCGCAGUGCAAGGAGGAGUGGUGGGCUGUUACCCUGUCGGUUUUGAGGACUGCACGAUCUCAGGGGACCCGCACUACAACACCUUUGAUGACAAGUUCUACUCUUUCAUGGGCACCUGCACCUACACUCUGGCACGGAGCUGCAAGAAUCACACCGGCCCCUUCUUCUCUGUGGAGGGCAAGAACGAAGAGAGAGGAGUGAGCGGUGUCUCCUACCUCAGGAAGCUCUACGUGACCGUCAACGGCAUCACCGUGACAAUGAUGAAGAGCAGAAGGAUACUGGUGGCAGGACGCAGGGUGGCCCUCCCCCAUUCUCCAUCCCCCCUCAUGUCCCUGUCUGUGGCCGGCCAGUACGUCACCCUCCAGACCACCUUUGGCCUCAAGGUGCGCUGGGACGGCAACCACUACGCUCAGAUCACCGUGCCCAGCACAUACCAUGACCAGAUGUGCGGGCUGUGUGGAAACUAUGAUGGUAAACCUGGAAACGACUUCACCAAGCCAGAUGGUACCCAGGCCGAUAGCUCCGAUCAAUUUGGGAACAGUUGGCAGACAGAUGACGACGAAGAUGAUGUUUGCAAGCCUGAUGUGACCCCUGAUCCCCCCUGCAAACCCGAACUGGAGGCUGUUGUAACUAAUCCUGCCAACUGUGGCAAGAUGCAGGACACCAAGGGCCCCUUCAGGGACUGCAUAAAGGUGGUGGAUCCGCUGCCGUUCUUCCAGAGCUGUGUGUAUGACAUGUGCCGCUACGACGGCCUGCAGACCAUGCUGUGUGAACAGCUGCAGGCCUACACCGACGCCUGCCUGAGCGCAGGAGCCACCGUACACCAGUGGAGGGAGCCAGACUUCUGCCCUCUCUUCUGCCCUCCUAACAGCCACUACACCAUGUGUGUGAGCGCGUGUCCGGAGACGUGUCUGGGGGUGAGCGGUCCCCCUGGCUGUGGUGAGAAGUGUGUGGAGGGCUGCCAGUGCAACCCCGGCUUUGUCCUCAGCGACCAGCAGUGCGUCCCCCUCAAGGACUGCGGCUGUGAAGACUCGCAAGGCUCAUACCAUCCCGCGAACGAGAGCUGGUAUCUGGAGGGCUGCAAGCAGCAGUGCACGUGUCAUGGUGGAGGAACCAUCGAGUGCCGCAACACCACCUGCUCCCCGACGGAAGAGUGCAAACUGGAGGACGGGGACUACGGCUGCCAGCCCCUCAGUAAGGGAACCUGCUCUGUGUCUGGAGAUCCCCACUACACGUCGUUUGAUCAGAAGACCCACCACUUCAUGGGCGCGUGCUCCUACACGCUGACCAAGCCUUGCAACGAGACCUCCGGCUUGCCGUACUUCACCGUGGACACGCAGAACGAGCACCGCGGAAGCAACAAGAAGGUCUCCUACGUCCGGGCGGUGGUCGUGGAGGUUUACGGUCAGCGCGUCAUCCUGGAGAAGGGUCGUAAAGUCCAGGUAAAUGGCUUCAGGGUCACUCCGCCGGUCACCCUGGUUGAGAACGUGAAGAUUUACCUGAGCGGGAAGUUUGUGGUCCUUGAAACUGACUUUGGGCUGCGCGUGCGUUUCGAUGGCAACCACCAUGCCGACGUCACCCUGCCUUCAUCCUACAACGGCCUCCUGUGCGGCAUGUGCGGAAACUAUAACGGGAAACCAGGAGACGACAACCUGAAGCCAGACGGCCUUCCAGCGGCCACCACUAAUGAGCUGGGAGAAAGCUGGCAGGUCCCUGACGAGCGGCCAGACUGUUCUCACGACGGCGGCAUAGACGAGUGUGACGAUAAGAUCGAGAGUGAAGCUCAGAAGCCCAGCAGCUGUGGCAUGAUCACCGACCUCAAAGGCAUCUUCGAGGCCUGCCAUAAGGUGGUGGACCCCGCACCCUACUUUGAGAACUGCGUGUAUGACCAGUGUGGCACAGGUGGUAGUGCCGUGGCGCUGUGCCAGGCCCUGGAGUCCUACGCCGACCUCUGUGCCAAGGCCGGGGUGUCUAUCGACUGGAGGCGGAACAACACCUUCUGUCCUCUGAAGUGUCCCGCUGGUAGCCACUAUGAGUUGUGUGGCAACGCGUGCCCCGCCAGCUGCCAGGAGCCCGGCUCUGCUGACACCUGUGCUGAGCGCUGUGUGGAGGGCUGCGUGUGCGAUAAAGGCCUGGUGCUCAGCGGUGACAAGUGUGUGCCCUUCAACCAGUGUGGCUGCACUGACAAGGACAACAACUACCGACCGGUUGGAGACAACUGGUUCACUAAUAAGGAGUGCUCUGAGCGCUGUUCUUGUGGUCCCUUCAACAACAUCACCUGUGAGCCCUGGCAGUGCAGCCCGGCCCAGGAGUGUAAGAUCUACGAUGGGGAGCUGGGCUGUCACUCAAGCGGGGUGGGCGUGUGUCACGUAGCGGGCGACCCCCACUACUACACCUUCGACGGCGUCAUGCACACCUUCAUGGGCACGUGCACCUACACGCUGGUGUCGGUCUGCAACACCACCCAGGUCACGCCCUUCACCAUCGUGGCCAAGAACGAGGAGCGUGGCCAGCCCGAGGCCUCCUAUAUACGAUCGGCCACCGUCUACCUCCCAGGGGCCAACGUCACACUCAGCAAGAGCGGCCGAGCGCUGCUGAACGGGCGAAGGGUUCGCACCCCCAUGGCCAUCCCAGGGGCACCGGCUCGUAUCGCCACCAGCGGCGUCUACACAGUGCUGGAUACCGACUUCGGCCUCAUUGUCAAGUUCGAUGGUGUACACCACCUGGAAAUCACUGUGCCAGGCGAUUACUUUGAUAAGGUCUGUGGCAUGUGCGGAAACUACAACGGCGACGCUGCGGACGAUAAUCUGAUGCCGGGUGGUAAGCCGGCCAAAGACGUCAUUGAGCUGGGCAAUAGCUGGAAAUCGGAGGGAGACAGCGAUCCCGGGUGCAAGCCAGACACCCGUCCGGACAUCCACCCCGACUGCUCCCCAUCUGAGGAGGCCGGCUUCGAGGCCCAGUGCUCCGGUGUCAUCCUGUCCGACAAGUUCAAGCCGUGCCACUCGGUGCUGCCGCCCGAGCCCUUCAUCGGCAACUGCGUGUACGACAUGUGCGAGUACGACGGCAUGGAGGCCACCCUGUGCGACAACGUAGAGGCCUACGCCCAGGCCUGCCAGAGCGCUGGCGUCACCAUCAGCUGGAGGAACAGCACCUUCUGCCCUCUCCCCUGUCCCCCGAACAGCUAUUACUCCGACUGCACGCCUCCCUGCCCCCCGACCUGUGCCGACCUCUUCCCCAUGUUCUGCUCGCAGCCGCCCACCCAGUGCGUGGAGGGCUGCAUGUGCGACGCAGGCUUUGUGCUCAGUGAUGGCAAGUGUGUGGCUCUAUCCAACUGCGGCUGUAUGGACAACGGAGAGUACCAUGACGUGGGAGACUCCUGGAUUACGGGUAACUGUGAUAAGAAGUGCAGCUGUACUCCGGGAGGUGUUCUGAAAUGUGAAGCUUUCAAGUGCAACGACAAGUCCAUCUGUGCACUGGACAAAGACGGCGAAGUGUAUUGCAAGCCAGAGAAGUUUGAUAAGUGCUCCAUAUCUGGAGACCCCCACUAUCGAACCUUUGACAACCUGAACCACCACUACCAGGGCCCGUACACCUACGUCCUCACCCAAGGACACAACCUGCCCAACAACCUGACGCCCUUCACCGUGCGCGGCAAGAACGCACGCCGGGGCGGCAACAGACGUGUGUCCUUCCUGCACGAGGUCUACGUGGACGUGUAUGACAUCAAUGUCCGCAUGCUUCAAAAGAAGACACUUCUGAUCAAUGGAGAGAAGGUGGUCCCACCUGUGAAUCCCAGAUCUGGCCUGACCGUGGCCAUGAACUCCCGCUUCCUCCAGCUCUCCACAGACUUUGGCCUGACCGUCCGCUUCGAUGGCAACAGCCAAGCCGAGGUGAUCCUGCCCAGCACCUACAGAGAUCUGGUGCGUGGCCUGUGUGGCAACUACGACGGGCGCAGCAACAACGAGUACAUGAAGCCCGACGGCACCCUGACACGUAACCUCGACGAGUUCGGAGACAGCUGGCGAGUGUCCGACAGGGCGGGAGAAAGGGUCCACAUGUCAGACCUGCCCGAGAGAGUGCACCUGCACAGGCGUGAUGUCAGAGAGGAAGAGGAGCCUGACACCGGCUUCGAGACCACGGGCUGCACGGAGGCCCAGCUGGCAGAGCUGAACACCAGCAGGCAAUGUGGCGCCCUCUCCGACCCCGCGGGCCCCUUCCAGGCCUGCCACGCUACCGUCAAGCCCCAGGCCUUCCAGGAAGACUGCGUGUUUGACCUGUGCGCCGAGCAAGGAGACGCAACGCUGCGCUGUGAGAGUUACGCCUUCUACGCACAGGCCUGUCAGGAGCUAGGAGUCUCGCUGGGGCCCUGGAGAAAACAGCUGGGCUGUGAACUGGCCUGUGGGCCCCACAGUACCUACUCCAGCUGCAUGUCCCCUUGUCCGUCCUCCUGUGCCGACCUGGCCUUCCCCUCCGAGUGCGAGCUCACCAAGUGUGUGGAGGGCUGCCAGUGCGCGGCUGGAUACGUGCUGAGCGGAGACGUCUGCGUUCCCUACACCGACUGCGGCUGCGACUUCCUCGGACGCUAUUACCCGCUGAAAGAGAGGUUUGUGACAGAGGACUGUGGCCAAAGAUGUGAGUGUACUGCCCUGGGGGCCGUGUGCCAACCAGAGGGCUGCCCAGACACCGAUGUCUGCACCAUAUACAACCUCACCCGCGGCUGUUACAAAAAGGGUCCAUGCCUCACCCACCCUUGUGAGAAUGGAGGCACAUGUCAGGAGGCCGUUGGGGAGCCUGGCUACACCUGCAUCUGUCCCGAGGGCUUUGAGGGCUCCAGUUGCGAGAUAGAGAAGCAGCCCACCCCUGGCGGACUAGAUAAACAGACAAUCAUACUGAUAGCAGUGCUGGUGCCUUUGGGUGUAAUACUAAUAGCCCUCAUCAUCGGCUGCUGCUGCUGCAGAAGAGCACGGUCAAAGAGUUAUGAUCCCAGCCAUUAUGCGGACUAUUAUAGCAAAAGAAAAGGAAGCUACGACUCCAGUAGUGUGGAGCUGUCCUCGACAGGACGAGCAAGUGAUGAUCUGGACUUACUGAAGAGGAGUGAACAGGAAAAGGAUAAAGUGUUGAAGUCUUCCGCUCUCUGAAAACACUUUUGGAAAAUCAAGAAUAUUCAUUUUGAGAUGUGAUGACAGGUGUUUUUUUGUAUUUAUUUGCAAACGCAAUUAAUAUGAUGUCCUAUUGAUUUUUUUCUGUUGUGCUACUUUUCAUGUAUGUAAUUUGUAUAGCUUUGACAUUAACUUAUUUCUGCAUGGUGUAAUGUUUGGCCGUAUGGCAUAGUGAUUUUUUUUCUUGAGGGAAAAGGUGAUAUUGCAGGUACAUUUAAUAAAUAAAAAUUAUAUUUUUCAGCAAAA